CCUACCUCUCCUCGUUGUAACGCUGUUGGAAAACGCUCGACCUCGACUUUCAGCUUCACCCAACCCAUCACUAUCGGACCACGAGCAAGCAGUACAGUACACGUUACCUGCCCUUCCACCUUCCACCUUCCACCUACAAAUCCCGUCAUAUCUCAUAUCUCAGCUCCGCAAGGCGGCAAUUCACUCCACCCAAGCGCAGCGCAGCUUAGGGUUGUUACUUUAGUGUCAGGCCCCCAAUCCUUCUUGCACAACCCGCAACCUCGCAUGGAACGAAGGCUAUUCUAACGCCCACUCCAACCCGCCCAAAGGUUAACCAUAUAAUUGACCUCAGCAUGGCACUGUCAUCUCCCCCACGGCCGCUCUUCGAACCCGAUGUCCUCCCCUCCAACACCACCUCCGAAAUCGACCUCGCGCCUGCACUCUCCUCCUCAGGUGCGCUUGCGCGCUUCGAAUUUGAGGCCGGAAGAGGCAAUGAAGGGACCAAGAUCCUAAUGGUGGAAUGGGAGGUCGAGGACGAAAGCGACGUGAAUAUUUGUGCCGGCGAUUGGGAAAUCUCCUGGGAUGGAAAAAGUACCCUAUUACCAGCCAAAGCGGGCGCGGAGGGAAAACUACAUCGCUUGUAUUUCCUACUUGCUCCCAAUGCCAUGGUACCGCGGAUAGUCAGGUUGUCUCAAAGGGGGGGGAAGGAGAUGCAGACGAAUCCUUUGCCGGCCAUCUUUCCCGCGGAAUUGGGAGUGAGUGCCACGACGGCCGGGAAGAAGGGUGUGCUGCAUACCAUUUAUGCCAAGCAGCGACUUUCGGUCUUGCAAAAGGAGAUUGAGGCUGAGAUGAAGAAUGGUGAAGGGGUGGGACUCGAGAUGGCGAUCCAGGAAAAGCAGUGGCUGGAGGAGAAUUUCGGAGUUGGGAAUCGAGUGGUGGUCGAGGGAAAUCCUACGAGUCCUGCGAGUCCCAGGUCUCCUGGUGGUGGUCGAUUGGCGGAGAAGCUCAAGGGUUUAAAGUUGGGUACGAGCGCGAGUCAAUUGAGUAAUGUUUCGACGAUUGGUAUGUCAUGUUUUACCCCUGGUUUUCCCUUUAAUCUUGAAGAAGUCGCUAAUUCUUCGUAAACAGAAACCCCUUCCAGAUUUGAAAACCAAGAAUCACAUCCCCUCUCCCCCGAAAUGGGUGACGUAGCAGUCUCUUCCUUCGCCCUUUUCCAUAGUGCCUCUGCUCCUCGACCACCUCGAAUCGUCGCACAGAGUCCACCAGAUCAUCUUCUUGCCAGACAAGCUGACUCACUCUCUGGAAGUCGAAUAAACUCUCUAGACGCCAUCACUACAGGUACCGUCCCAGUCAAGGAAGAUAAUGCCACGGAAGAUGAUCUUUUUGCUGUGAAAAUGAGUCCCCGGAGUCCGGAGAUGACGAAGAGUCCAUUUAGUUUUACGAGUAAAGAUACGGCACCUUGGUUGAAGGAGGGUCAGUGAUCAUUGUGAGGGGAGCUGGGAAAGGAUGUGUAGGUGAGGAUGUAGAUGGGUGUUUAUGGAUUGGAUGGGGGAUAUGUGAGGAGGUUUGGUCGUGUGGGAUGAAAUGAUGGUAGAUUGGGGAAAGAAGUGGUAAGGAAUGGAUAUGAAAGGAAAGGAAAUGAUUUAGUAGGUAUUCUUGGAUUGGGAUGGAAUGAAUUGGAUGGGAGUGGUUUGAUGAGAUUUAAUUAUCAUCCCUACUCUUUAUACCCCCCCUUCUGGAAAUAAAAUCUUUGGGGGUUUUCUGUUCCCUCUUUCUUUUUCUGUGUUACACUUGCAGAUCUUCAUCGUCGUCUUUUUCCUCGUUCUGACAGAAAGGGGGAUGGAAUGGUCGUUUACACUUCUUCAUUAGGAGUAUACACCAUACUCCGAUACGAGGGAUGUGCCUUUUUAUAUCCUCCGCAAAUACAGAUCCACCCCUAUCCCCAGCCUCAGUGGGUGGGAAUUCCUGUUUCUUUAUCUUUUACUUAUACUGUACUGUAAGAGGUUGACCUUCGGUAGUGGAAGGACAGACCAGUUUUUUGUUCUGAAAUCCCACUUUUGAAGCCUUUACUUCUACAUAUCUUGGUCAAAUCAGGUUGUUAUGACAGACAGACCCUUCAAGAUUCUUGUAUAGAUAAAGCCCUCCUACCCUCCAUUUCUUUCUCACAUACUUCCCUCCAAGUGAAGCGGCACUCCCCGAGUAUGGAGUAGGACCCUCACACCCCACUGGUCGAAUCGAGUUCCCUUGAAAUGAAAGAAUCGAAAUGGCUUUGUUCUCGAUACAGUACCACCCACCUCCCACCAAUGAACAAUGGACCUUGUUAUGUUUGUGUGGUGCGCCCUUCUAUCCACAUCCACAUCUCUUCCACUCACCAGGACCUAGGCAUUGGGAAUUCCGGGUGGUUUGUCAUUGGGGGAGGGGGGGAGAUAACGGGUGUUUGAAUCGGUUUUAGGUGAGGGUUUUCUUGUUUUUUGGUAGCGGUGGGUGAUGGGUGAUGGAUGAUGGAUGGAUG